UAGGAUUGAUGCUAGGGUUUUCAUCCAGACAUCUUUAAAUUUUGAUGAAGUAGAAGUAGAUAGAUAGAUAGUAGCUAGUAUUCAAAGCAAAUAAAAGAAAAAUAUUUAAACCUAACAUUUACUAUUAUAAAUUACUCCCCUGUCCCAUCCGAUAAGUUAUUCUUUAAUUUCAAUUCCAACAAUUUGUUCAGUGUGCCGAGCGAGAAGACAACAAUGUCGUUUUUAAGGUACGUCGCUGCUUCUGUUUCCAUUUCCAAAUCGAGACCAUACUCUCACUGUCUCCACCAUUUGAAUGAUGAUGUUGUUUCCUUGUUCAACCAAAUGCUCCAUAAGAAUCCCACCCCACCCGCCGUUGAAUUUGGCAAAAUUUUAGUUUCUCUUGUCAAAGCCAAACAUUACUCUACUGUUGUUUUCCUUUCUCGCCAAAUGGAAUUCAGUAGAGUUACUCCUAAUUUGGUAAUUCUCAAUAUUCUCAUCAAUUCUCUUUCUCAAUUGGGUCAUAUUACUUUUGCUUUUUCUGUUUUUGCAAAGAUUCUCAAAAGGGGUUAUCACCCAGAUGCCAUAACUUUGAAUACAAUCAUCAAGGGUCUCUGUCUCAAAGGUCACCUCCAUCAAGCAUUGCAAUUUCAUGAUAAACUACUAGCUCAGCGAUUUCAGUUGGACCAAGUUACUUAUGGGAUAUUGAUCAAUGGUCUAUGCAAAGCCGGACAAACAACUGCAGCGCUACAGUUGCUCAGACGAGUUGAUGGGAAGUUGGUCCACCCUGAUGUGGUAAUGUACACUACUAUUAUUGAUAGCAUGUGCAAACAUAAACUUAUUAAUGAUGCAUGUGAUUUAUAUUCCGAAAUGCUCGCUAAGAGGAUUUCUCCUAAUGUUUUCACUUACUCUGCUUUAAUUAGUGGCUUUUGUAUUAUUGGUAAAUUGAAAGAAGCAAUUGAUUUAUUUAAAAUAAUGACAUUGGAAAACAUCAAUCCGAACGUGUAUACUUUUAAUAUAUUGGUUGAUGCGUUUUGUAAGGAAGGGAAGGUGAAAGAAGCACAAAAUGUGUUAGCUAUGAUGAUUAAAAAUGACAUUAAACUUAAUGUUGUUACUUAUAGCUCUUUAAUGAAUGGAUAUUGUCUAGUAAAUGAAGUGAACAAGGCCAAUUGUAUAUUCAAGACUAUGGUCCAAAGGGGAGUGACUGCUGAUGUUUGGAGCUAUACUAUCAUGAUCGAUGGACUUUGUAAGGUUAAAAUGGUAGACGAAGCUCUUAAUCUCUUCAAAGAAAUGCAUUGCAGCAAAAUCAUUCCUGAUACAAUAACCUAUAGUUCCCUUAUUGAUGGCUUGUGCAAAUUGGGAAGAAUCUCACAUGCUUUGGAGCUUGUCGAUGAGAUGCGUGAUAAAGGUCAACUACCUGAUAUAAUUACGUACAAUUCUAUAUUGGAUGCUUUAUGCAAAAACCAUCAAGUUGAUAAGGCAAUUGCAUUUUUUAAAGAAUUUAAAGAUAAAGGUAUUCAACCUAAUGUGUACACAUACACUAUUCUUAUCGAUGGAUUGUGUAAAGGUGGAAGACUAAAGGAUGCAAAAAAGGUUUUUGAAGAACUUUUGGUCAAAGGUUACACUCUUGAUGCCUGUACAUAUAAUGUUAUGAUCCAUGGAUUUUGUAAGAGUGAUUUGUUUGAUGAAGCAUUGACAUUGCUGUCAAAAAUGAAAGACAGUGGUUGCAUUCCGGAUGCUCAAACUUAUGAAAUCAUUAUUCUUUCCCUAUUUGAAAAUGAUGAAAAUGAUAAAGCAGAGAAACUUCUUCGUGAAAUGAUUGUGAGAGGUCUACUAUAAAAUAAAAAAUUGAGAAGAUGCUUAUAUGGGCCUUCACGCAAGAUGUUUGGUUUUAAACUGUUGCUCUUAUCUUUUGAAUGUCAUUGCUAUAAGCAUGGGCCAUGAUAUUUAGGGUAAAAGGUUGGUUAGUGAAGUAGAACAUUUAUAAGUUCUGAUUUCAUUUUUAAGUUUGGAAGCCUUUGGCUUUGAGCUGUUUCUAUUGUCUUUUUAAUGUCAUUGCUAUUCUGAAGUUACAAUACUUCCAUUAAUACAAUGUCCAUUUGAUUCAUAUCCACCAAAGUACAUGUAGCAAUUGGGCUGUUUAUUUCUAUUUCCAAUCCUUACAAAUCCAAAUGUAGAUUUAGAACACAAGACUUUGCAUUAUAGAUUCAGGGAGUUGUAUAUAUGUUACCAAUUUAUAUGUAGAUUUUGAUUCUACAUGUUUAGUAGCAGGUUCUGUUUCUUGCAACUAUGUAAUACAAAAGUCAAAUUGCUUCGUUCAUAUUUGUCUAUGUGUUUCAUAAUUGGAGAAUCAAGUAUGUCACAAAUACAAUCUUGUUUGUAAAUUUUCAACUCGUAUAUUCAACAUAGAAUUGCCUCUUAACACUUUGUCUAAACCAAUUUUUUUUUUAGUCGGCUCAUUCAUGUUGGUCGUUUUUGUGGAUAAGCUCAAGUCGAUGAUCACUCUACAACUUUAAUAUCUUAAUUACUUAAUUUAAUCACUUUGAUUUUCUAAUUAUUUUGGAAAUAGUGUCGUCAAUUCAUUACGCAAAUAUCAUACAUGAUAUCGAAUUUGUCUCUAAGAUAUACAUAUGCAUUGGAAUAAAAGUCACUUAAUCGUUACUAGAAUAAGAUACAUGUUUUCACUAACCACUAUAACCCUAUAUGUGAAACCAUUAAGAUAGUUCCCGAUAAGAAACCUCACAAUUGUUCUAUAUAAUAUUCUACUUCAUAUACAACAAAACCGGUCUUCAAGAAUAGACCUUUUUUGUGAGGCAACGGAUCCGGACACAACAUGGUAAUAUGCCCUUUUCCAUUAUUUAAAUUAUUAAUUAAUGUCUUAUAAGUAUUGACUUG